GUCUGAUAGAAGAUGGAUUUACACAAGGACCCUAUUAUAAAUGUCUAGUGGCUGAGGUUCCACCAGAACGAGCUUGUCGAGGCCACACCAUCGUGGGGUACGCCAUGUAUUUCUUCAGUUAUAGCUCCUGGAAGGGCAGGGCGCUUUAUCUGGAAGACCUCUAUGUUAUGGAGGAGUUCCGAGGUCAAGGAAUCGGGAGCACGUUUCUGCGCAAAGUGGCAGAGAUCGCCUUACAGAACAAGUGCACCAGGCUGAACUUUGUCGUCCUGAAUGAGAAUAAGCCGAGUAUUGACUUCUACCUCACGAAGGGAGCUGUGGACCUGACAGAUUCUGAGGGGUGGCAUCUGUUCAGGUUCGAUCAGGAGCAGAUGCAACGGCUAGCAGGAGGAAAGGGGCAGAAUGUUCCCACCUCUCCCUUUAAAUAAGCGGGGCUAGUAGACAGAAUUCCUCUUCCCCGUUUCCAGGAGAAAUCCGAGCAUCCCCUUUUAAAAUGGGGAACACCUAUGUAAACGUGUCACACUGCAAUCAUAGCCUCCUGCCAGCAUGUGGCGCUACUGAGAACUGACCACGUGAUCUGGUGUCAGACAGUCAGAGAACACCUUUCAUUGGAGAACUCCGUAUCUCCUUUCCACGUUUAAUGACUUAAAUAAUAUGUUCAUCACUGUUUCUUAUUCCUUGGAAUGAUAUUGGCUCCUAAAUGGACCAUAACCUGUGAUUUUUAUUAAUAUUAAAAUUCUUGCAUCUUCGCUCCCUGCAUGCAAAACAUCGCUCCUUGUUUUCACCUUUUCCUGCUGACUUUUUCCAAUGUUGGUGAAAAGAUUCUCAAGGAUGAUAGGAAAAAUGUGAGGUUUUAACUAUCAGGAAAGAUCGAAUGGCUGGGGCUCUUUUCUCUAGAAAAGGGAAGGGUGAGAGGGUGACCUAAUGAGGUCUUUAAAAUUCUUAAAGGGGGUUCGAUAGCACAGAUGUAGAGCAGAUGUUUCCACUUGUGGUGGGGUGGGGUGGUGGGGAGAGGCCAGAACAAGUGUGCAUCAAAACCAAACUAUAAGGUACAGCGAUGUGAUAAUGACCCAGAUCAUCUGUUUUUAGUGAUAGUGGUUGAGGGUUAAAUAUUGGCCCCAGGGCACCGGGGAGAACUCCCCCCACUCCUUCCAGUCAUGGCUGUCGGAUCUUUCACAUCCAUCUGAGAGGGCAGACUCAUUUAGCAUCUGCUCCAAAGGAUGUACAUCUGACAGUGCGGCACUCCUUCAGCACUGACCCUCUGACAGUGCAGCACUUCCUCAGCACUGACCCUCUGACAGUGUGAUGCUCCCUCAGUACUGACCCUCCGACA